UUUAUCUCAGAGGAGCUGUUGGGUGAUGACCCUUUGCCAAGGACUUGCAUUCAGAGAUUUGCCCGGGCGAGAUUAGACACCAUCUGGCUAAUUUGACAGGAUUGAGAGUGAUGAGAUGCAUCAGAACCAAAAUAAUGCUGCUGUGUGUUUGAACGCACGCAUAUGUAGGAGUGCGUAUGUUUGUGUGCAUAUGUUCGCGCCAAUGUUUGUCCUCGCUAUGGAAACAGUGCGUGAGACGUGUCGAUCCACGUUAUCGGUGCAGGCUGUUUGACCAGAGAUCAAGAGACAUGGAGAGUCUUAGCCACACCUCUGCUUGUCUGCAUUUGUGAGCUGGGUUUGAGUCAGGAGGACCAUGCUCAGCUCAGAGCGAAGUGUGGUUGAGGAAUGGCUCUCGGAGUUCAAGGCGUUACCUGACGAGCAGAUCCACCGCUAUUCUGGCAGUCUGCGUCUGAAGAAAGCUCUGGUUCCUGCUCUCUAUGCUGUUAUUCAGGAGCAGCCCAGCAGUGAGCUGCUGGCUCCAGUGUGUCAUCAGUUGUUUGAGUUGUACCGGAGCUCAGAGGAGGGUUUGCGGCGCUUCACACUGCAGUUCCUGCCUGAACUCAUCUGGGUGUACUUGAGUCAUUCAGCCAGCAGAGAGCGAUACCGCAAUGGCUGUGUGGAGGCCCUGCUGUUGGGGAUCUAUAACCUGGAAAUUGUGGACGGUAAAGGAUAUAGCAAGCUGCUGUCAUUCACCAUCCCUUCCCUUUCCAAGCCUUCAAUAUACCAUGAGCCAUCCAGCCUGGGGUCCAUGGCGCUGACUGAAGGAGCCCUGAACCAACAUGACCUCAUUCGGGUGGUGUACAGCGGUCUGCUGUCUCAGCGAGAGACUUUCACCUCACAGAACAGGUUUGAGGUGCUGUCAUUUCUAAUGCUCUGCUACAACUCAGCCGUGGUCUUCAUGCCUGCGUCGUCCCACCAAUCGGCUUGCAGAAUGAGCACACGGCUGUGUGUGAGCGGAUACCCACGACAGCAGAUGAAGUCCUGGAAGGAGCCUUGUAACCGUGUGCGGUUGGAGCCAGAGUUUAUGGUGCAGAUGCUGAGUGCCGUUUACUAUGCCAUUUAUAAUGGCCAGUGGGACCUGGGGAGAGAAGCUUUGGAUGACAUCCUCUACCGAGCACAGCUAGACCUCCAUGCCCAACCAUUACUGGUGGCAAAUGCAAUUAGCCGCUCUCUUCCAUCCCGUCCUCCAGAGGGCUCACGGAAUCUUCUGGAGGUGGAAGUAACACCUGCUGGGAGAUGCGUCUCUUAGGCUGCUGUCACUGCCGCCUCCAUUCGCCGCCUCCGUUGGAAACGAGAAGAUGCAGACGGCGUGAGCUGUGGCGAGGACUCUUUUGACCCAGAUGAAGGCUUUUCCUCUGGGGCUUCCAGCAGCAGUCAGCCUAGCAGUGUGAAACGUGACUGGAUCAUCACCGGCGUUCGACCUUCCAGAGAGCCAGGAGCCAGACACAGGGAGAGCACGUCCGCGGACACCCGAGCCGCCCUGAGAAGCCUCCACCAACGCCACCAAUCCCCUCCUCCAGCCGUCAGCCUCCGGACUGCAGAAUGCAGCCGCAGUCCCAGUCCCAGCGCUCCCAGACGCUUUCUAGACCCGCAUUACAUCCCUCCGUUCGCUGGUGCUCCUCCCAAAGCCAGCAGCACAUCUUCUAGCAAGUCUCUUGACUGUACCGGCCUCAACGGCUCAUCAGGACCCACAGAUAGCCUAUCGCUGGGAAGCCUCAGUGCGGACAGGGCUCACUAUCUGUCCGCCAUCAGCCUGCAGGAGGAGCGUCUAGGCCGAUCGGCACGCAGCCAGGAUCUCCUUUCCCCGGGGAGUCCGUUUUCCUCUGGAAGCCCAUUGUCCAAACAGUCCAGAUCACCCAGUUUUAAUAUGCAGAUUAUAUCACAGGUGUAGAGUUAUUUUAGUGGGCUGUGUGUAUGGCAAGCUGCUUUAACCUUAAUUCCUUCAACAUGCUAUUGGUGCUUAUGUUUUGCUACUGGUAUCUUUUCCAUUAGGUAGUAGUGCUUAUUCUAUAUUUGUACUAGUACCAGAUCUGGUUCUAAUAGUUUUGUCUCAAUACUGAAUUUCGGAUCGAACCAUCAGUGAUCAGCUGGUCUGUCUAUGAGCUGACAUACGAGCAAUCCAAUGUGACUUUGAAAUGCUCCAGUGUCCACACGAACAGCUCAUGAACACAAUGGCCAAUCAGUGCUGUUUAAAAACACGCUCAUUUAAAAUUUUGGUAUCGAAAUUCAGUAUCGUGACAACACUAGGCACUAGUAGUUUUUAAGUUGUUUAUUAGAAGAUGGUGUGCAUUUAUUAGUUUUAGUUCCUGUUAAAUUGAUACUAGAACUUUGGGUAAUGCUGUAAUACUGUUCUGUCGUUAGUAGUAAUUUAGUUGUAGAAGUAACAACAUAUUUUUAGGGGUUCAGCUAUGUUUCAAUUCUAGCUAGUGUUGAAUUAUAUAUUUAAUUUAAAUCAUACAUUUAGCAACAAAUAUUUUGGUUAUUUAACCCUUAACAAUUUGGCCUCAUUUGUAAACAUUAUUUAAAAUGAACUAACUAUGAUCAAUAUCUUGUAAUGCAGGGGUCACCAAACUUGUUUCUGGAGGGCCGUUGUCCUGCA